GAGCCGCCGGAGCUGCCAGCUCGAAUGCAGGCCGGCUCAUGCAAGUUCUUGAGAUGAUGGCAGGGGUCAUGCGUGACCAGCAGACUGCCGCGGCUGCUCGUGCAGACAGCAAGGAGCCUAUUCGUGCAAAGGACAUUGCCAAGGUGGUGAAGGGUCCUGAGCCUUUCACUCCUACCACGCGAGAUGCCGAGUUAGCCCAGUGGGGAAACUGGUCCUGGGAGCUUGAGCAAUGGUUAGCUUGCAUUGAUGAAGGCUUCACUGCAAAUAUCAAGGAACUUCGCAGCCGAAUAGGUGACUCCGUGGACAUGGCCUCCCUGGGGAAGGAGGACGCCGACAGGAGUCGGUUGUUGUACACCAUUCUUGCAAGCCUUUUGAACGAGAAGAACAAGCGUAUGCUGCGGUCAAUUCCUCUGCAGAAUGGCUUUGAAGGUUAUCGCCGACUUAUCCAGGAGCUGACCCCUUCCAGCAGAGGCCGCAUUCUGGCUUUGGUUCAGGCCCUGCACAGCUGGCCGCCUUUUGAUUCGAAACUGAGCCUCAUGCCCCAGCUCGCCAAGUUCGAGGCCGCAGUCAUGGAGUAUGAACAAUUGAGCGGCACCACCUUCAAUAAUGAUCAACAACUUGCAGCUGUGUUGCGGUGUUUGUCUGGACAGCUCAAGACUCAGGCGACAGUGCUGAUCAGCGACCCGUCGCAAUAUUCCGACCUGAGGUCGCUUAUUGAAAGGUGGGAUGCGAGCCAGACGCGUUGGUCCGCGUCGAUCGCCUCCUCUUAUGGCAUUGCUUCUUCGAGCUCAGACAAGCCGCAGCCCAUGGAGGUUGACAGGUUGGCGAAAGGCAAGCCUAAAGGCAAGGAUCCAGGCGGCAAAGGUGCUAAGGGCCCCAAAGGCAAGUAUGGUAAAGGCAAGGAUGCAGGCCACAAAGGUAAGGGCAAGGGAUCCGGUAAGGUGCAAAGUGUUUCGGACAGUGCCGUCCAGCCGCAUCAGCAUCAGCCCCAGCAGGCGACUACCUACGGAUCCAACUAUAGCACUGCCUCCGGCGCCGCAAGCCAAGCGUCCCGAGCCGUGAACCGCGUGCAAGCUCUGUUUGACAUUUCAGACCUUGACUUUGCAGAUGAGCCCAAUGAGAUUCGUAUGAUGACCCUGCGCCACUCCUUCGAGGAGUUUCGACUUGACGAUACAGAUGAUGAUGAGCAGGACGCUUGCGCCAGGUGUUUCCUUCAAUGA